AUGUUACCUGUAUAUUUACUAGUGUGUUUUCUUUCAUCUUGCCGCACAGCACAAAUAGUAUUAUUAACAGAUAAAAGCGAUGAAGUUACACAACUCGAAUCCAAAUGGAAAAACCUGCCAGUUAUUACCAGCUACGAAGCAGGAAUUACAAUUAAAGUCCUGGAUGUUCAAGAAACAGAUAAUUUUGCAUACAUCAUCCAGUACUUAUGUGGUAACUUUCGAGUAGGGGAAACAAUCAUAGUAGAUAUUUCUUCCAGUUGUUUAGCAGCCGAUAUUCUAGCCAUUAUAUUUCAACCGUACAUUAGACCAACUUAUACCGGAUGUUACUGUGCGCAUGCGUCAAAUCUACUUCCGGAAAAUGAUCCAAUCAUUAUUACAGCAAUUGAGUUCAUCAAGCUCCAGAGAACAACUUUAGCUAAAAUUAUUAUUUUUGCCGAUACUUGCCACUAUUCACCGUCAGUUCUAGAUGUAGUUCAAUCAGCUAUACCAUUAUUCACCGCUGAUCUGAAAACUGCCAAUAUUUCACAAUGGCUGAGCAAAUUUACACGGGAGACAAUACGCCACUACGUUAUACUAGUAGGAACAACCUAUCAAAUUAACGAAGUUUUAUGUGCGGCAAAGCGGAUGGGUUUACCAACAACGUUUACAUGGAUCGUACACGUGCUUGAUGAUCACGAUUACAGCUCAGUGUCCUGCUUACCCAGUCAACUGUUUACAAUAACAACAACACGAGAUGGACCUCAUUAUGAAAACAGUCAAUACACAGAAGCUUUCAAUAAUAUACUGCCUUCAUUUUGGCCUUGGUUGGAAAACUUCUUAAACACUGAAACAAACACCUCACAGAUGGUGGGGAAUAUUUGUCAAGAAGAUUACUCAAGACAGACGUUUGAUUUCCCUGUUUUCCAACCCGAGAUACAAGAGUUUGGCCUAAAACAAAACUUUCCAUUAAAUGGUACGAGUUUCAAGGUUGGAAAAUGGACUGCCACUGAUGGGUUUGCCAUGUAUUUAAAGGAGACAGAAAUUAAAGAUUUACUAGUUGUAACACUACAUGAGCCACCAUUUGUGUAUAUAGAAGAGACUGAUAACGAUACAGUUUAUAGUGGUUACGCUAUAGAUGUAUUGGAUAAAAUAGCUAAACGACUUGGACUCACAUAUAGGAUCUACACAGUAUCAGAUGGCAGGUACGGUCGACAGAAAGCCAACGGUGAUUGGGACGGACUGGUCGGAGAAAUAGUCAAAGGGUGCUCAAUACAUCAAUUAAUAGAAAUACUAAAACAGAACCCAAAAAACAGGCUAUGCGUUGAUAGAGACACUCCGGUAGUAAUUAUGCGAACUGAAAGGGAAUAUGAAGUGGAGGGAACCACAAUCCAAGACUAUUUUGAAAGAAUGGCAGCAUUGGAGAUGAAUUUCUACGAGAUGUGGAGAAACAUGAGUUACAAAACAAACAGUGGGUCCAAUCAACAGAGUUUGGCUGUGUUCGAUUACCCGCUCGGAGACCCGUUCCAGACUAUAAACACGAACAUCAAGAAGACUGGUGUAUUGAAAAACUCACAAGAAGGGUUGAAGAAGGUCCUGGCAGAAAACUUCGCUAUGAUUCACGAAUCACCGAUGUUACAGUAUGAGAUGAACCAAGAUUGUCGCCUCAUGGCAGUAGGAAAACAGUUCAGUACCAAAUACUACGCUUUUGCUCUACCACAGCGGUCCUUUCUUACUAAACUUAUAUCAAAAACAAUUCUAGAUAUGCAAUCAGGGGUUAUUUUUGACUCCUUAAAAGAAAAGUGGUGGAAGGGGAGUAACUCCAGCCAGGAAUGUACAGACGUUGAUGAGAGUGAUGGAUUGACGUUUUCUACAAUGGGUGGAAUAUUCCUGGUCAUGGUUUUUGGUAUUGGAUUGGGAUUGUUGGUUUUACUCAUCGAAACAAUCUACCACUACUGUUUUAUAUUGAAAAGAACCAGGCAAAAGGCAGUAACAGUACAAAACAGUAGAACCAAUCUUGCCGAGGAUUUUUAUUCUCUUUCUUCAAAUAAUGCUCAACAUAUUGAAACUUGUGAUCUGUAA